AUGAAUCGUAUCGGAGACAUCGGCUCAACUACUCUUCGUAGGAAAUCAUUGAAAGAUAUUGUUCAGCAUUUCACUCCAGCAUGGUUUGCUGUUACAAUGGGGACUGGCUCAAUCGCCAUACUUUUCCAUAACUUUCCUUAUGCAGGUGAUUCCCCGGUAAUGCGAGGGUUUGCACUCGGCUUUUUCUUCUUCAAUCUUGUGCUCUUUCUGCUAUUCAGCGUCAUCACUGCAGCUCGCUACAUUUUUUUCCCUGGCAUCUGGUUUCACAUGAUACGGCAUCCUGUACAGAGCUUGUACAUUGGCACGUUUCCGAUGGGCGCGACUACGUUAAUAAACAUUGCCGGUAGCGACAUAUUCCAGACAUAUGGUUUUGGAGGGAAGCCGUUUAUCUACACGGUGUGGGCAUGUUGGUGGAUCAACGUCGCGAUUUCAAUGGCAUGCUGCUUUGGCAUGAUGCACGUUAUGAUUACUCUCCAACAACAUUCGCUCAAGUCCAUGACGACUGCCUGGCUUCUUCCCGUCGUGACCCUCGUCGUCGGAUCUUCUUCUGGAGGCGUGCUUGUGCCAGCGCUUCAGGUCUAUUCUCCCUCGUAUGCGUUGCUAACGGCGACAUUCUCCGCGUGUAUGGUUACAAUAGGUCUUACCCUUUCCCUUAUGCUACUCACGAUAUACAUCCUUCGGCUGGUCGUAUACGGUUACCCCACGGGUGCAUCAAUCCUGUCCGUCUUUCUCCCCGUCGGUCCUUGUGGACAGGCAGCAUAUUCACUUUUAAAGUUGGGGUCUUCUUUUCGUUCACUAUUACCUCUAAAUUAUGGUGAUGUCGGCGGAUUAUUGAGGCAAUCUGGAACCGGAGAAGCAGUGGAGGUGAUAUGUGUAGUUGGUGCUAUGGUUCUGUGGUCACUGGCGAGUAUGUGGAUACUCUUUGCGAUGCUCGGUCUCGGCUACACCCUCCGUCGGGAACGCAUUGAAUUCCGAUUGUCAUUCUGGGGAACUGUAUUUCCCAACGGAGUAUACGCAAAUCUCAACUUGGCUUUGGCGACAACAUUUUCGUCGACGUUCUUUCGUGUGUGGGGUUCGAUAUAUUCGGUGGGGACCCUGAUAUUGUGGGUGUGUAUUGCCUUACCUACAAUACGGAUGGUCCCAAGCGGUCGUAUAUUUGAAGCUCCGUGUCUGGAAGAGGUCACAAUGGGGGGACCAACGAGGGAUGCGGAAAGAAGUGCAGACGAUUUGAAAAACUGA